UGCAAUGAUUGGAAUUUAACGUGUUGCAUUUUGUGCUUGUUGUGGUAUUUUUCUUUCUAUAGUAAAACCAAUUCUAAGUAAUGGCCGUUGCAUUUAGUUCCAACGAAGCGGCUGCCCUUGAACGCCAGCUGGAAUCGACACCGGAAGACGGUCAACAUUCGGUGGAAAUCGCCAACAUCAAAAGCUUUUGGAAUGAUCAGGUGCAGAAGCAGUGCUCUGAUUGGAUUUUGACAAACAAAUACAAAAAGGUUUGCCUUCAAUUCCCCGACGCACUGUUACCGUUCAGCACAACGGUGGCGGAACAGUUGCAACGAGCGAUUCCGGAGGCAGAGUUUUUCAUUUUGGGGGAUACUUCCUACGGUAGCUGUUGUGUAGAUGAAAUCGCCGCUUCCCAUGUUUCGGCCGAUGCUAUCGUUCAUUUUGGUCAUACUUGUCUAAGUCGUUCCGUGCGCUUACCCACGCAUUAUGUAUUUCUGCGAGGUCAACUUGAUGUGGACCGUUUGGUGGCAGCUUUCAGCGAUAAGUUCCCCGAUGGCGGUACUAAACUGGCGGUGUUCUAUGACGUUAGCUAUGCUUACUGUAUGGAUUCAAUCGGCGAUAAAUUAGGGGAGCAUUUCAAAUGUUUAACAAUGGGCAAGCUGGCUGCUUGUGAGGAAGCGAAAAAUUUCCUCAGCUGGAAAUUGGAAGAAUUGUCUGCUGAGAAUUCAAGUUGCGUUUUCAUUGGACACGAUAAUCAAAGCUUUUUCAAUAUUUCCAACAGCGUGAAAGCGGAAACUUGGUUUCGGUAUGAUCCUUCUACUAACAGUUUGGAACUGGCCGAUCCCUUGAACUCUAAAUGGUUGCGACGUCGUUUCUAUUACAUUGAAAAAUGCAAAGAUGCUCGCUCGUUGGGAAUAGUUGUGGCAACACUAACUGCUGACGGAUACUUGGAUGUGGUCAAUCGGGUCCAACAAUUGGCAAAGGCACGGGGCAUACGCACCUAUAUCAUUUCAGUUGGAAAAAUAAAUCCAGCGAAGCUGGCAAAUUUCGCCGAAAUUGAUUGCUUUGUGCUGGUUGGCUGUCCGGAAAAUAAUCUAUUUACUUCGCGGGAGUUUUUUAAACCUCUGGUUUCGGUUUUUGAGUGUGAAUUGGCAUUUAAUCCAGCCUGGAUGGGACAGUUUCCUGAUCGUUAUAGCACGAACUUUGCAGAGAUUUUACCCUCUGGAAGCCUGUACCGACCAUUCGAUCCGGCAGCCGUCGACUCCGAGGCGGCCGAUGUUAGCUUAGUGACUGGGAUGGUGCGGAACGCAACGCGCUCUGAGGUGGAACAACCGGAGACCAGUGCAGGUAGCAGCAGUCAGCAGCUGUUGGUACGAGGCCGAAAUGAGCUUGCCACCGUUAGUUCGGGUGAUGCCUUUCAGAACCGUAGCUGGCAGGGAUUGGAACAGAAUCUGGGUCGUGAUGCGCCGGCUGUGGUGGUGGAAGGUCGAAGCGGUAUUCCGAUUAAAUACGAUAACGAUUUGAAUGAGAAAUAAA